AUGAGUGCUGGCUUCAGAGAAGGGGUUCACAGGAGGAAGCAUGAGCUGUUAAAUCCAGAGGAGACCUUGUCCACUGAUCUUCAAGUUGGCAUUGCUGCACAUUUGAAAUCACUUGAAGAUGCGUUCAAGAACUAUUUUCCUGACCUCGACUCUGGUAAAGAAGCUUUUGUGGGAAACCCUUUCGCUCCUGGACUAGACAUCACUGUCAUUGCAGAUGUCAUUCAAGACGAGCUUUUGGAAUUGAGACAUGAAUCGUCAGCACGCGACACGUUUCUUGAGAAAUCUCUUGCACAGUUUUCACUCCAGGAAUCAUACCCUCAGGUCAGCAAAACAGCACUUCGAGUCAUUGGCCCAUAUGCCUCGACUUACCUUUGA